CCACAAACUGGUGAAAGCAAAUGACCCCGGCAACUUUGCUGUGCUCACUCACAAGGAAGAAACUUCUGCCUUUUACGUUCCCUGGAACAACUGAGAUGCACUUCCUCACUUUAAUCAGGGAAUUUCUUCCUGAACCGAACUGCAGAAACAGAGGAUUUGAGUAGCACAUUUCACUUGCACACAGCAGCAUUUGUUCAUUUUGAGCAUUUUUGGACAGGAAAUCGAUCUACAGGGCAACAUUCACACAAAAAAAGGAAACAUUAUGGGACGAUGGCUUGUUAGUCCAAGUGACUCUGUUUUGGAAAUUACGGGCAAGAAACCUUGGAGGGAGAACGGCAUUAAAGAUCAAAAGCACGAUGACUCCUGAUGAAAACAUCGCCAAAUGAUGAACCCACGAGCAAAAAGGAAUUUCUACUUGGCGGCACCUGACUUGCUGGAUCCAAAAUCUGCUGCUCAGAACUCCAAACCGAGGCUCUCAUUUUCCACGAAACCCACAGUGCUUGCUUCCCGGGUGGAGAGUGACACAGCCAUUAAUGUUAUGAAAUGGAAGACGGUCUCCACGAUUUUCCUGGUGGUUGUCCUCUACCUAGUCAUUGGAGCCACUGUGUUCAAAGCGCUGGAGCAGCCUCAGGAGAUUUCCCAGAGGACCACCAUUGUGAUCCAGAAGCAAACAUUCAUAUCCCAGCACUCCUGCGUCAACUCCACCGAGCUGGACGAGCUCAUCCAGCAAAUAGUGGCAGCAAUAAAUGCAGGGAUUAUCCCCUUAGGAAACACCUCCAAUCAAAUCAGUCACUGGGAUUUGGGAAGUUCCUUCUUCUUUGCUGGCACUGUUAUUACAACCAUAGGAUUUGGAAACAUCUCACCACGUACCGAAGGUGGAAAAAUAUUCUGUAUCAUCUAUGCCUUACUGGGAAUUCCUCUCUUUGGUUUUCUAUUGGCUGGAGUUGGAGAUCAGUUAGGGACUAUCUUUGGAAAAGGAAUUGCCAAAGUGGAGGACACCUUUAUUAAGUGGAAUGUGAGUCAGACCAAGAUCCGCAUCAUCUCCACCAUCAUCUUCAUCCUGUUCGGCUGUGUCCUCUUCGUGGCCCUGCCUGCCAUCAUAUUCAAGCACAUAGAAGGCUGGAGCGCCCUGGACGCCAUUUACUUUGUGGUCAUCACCCUGACGACCAUUGGGUUUGGCGACUACGUAGCAGGCGGAUCAGAUAUUGAGUAUUUGGACUUCUACAAGCCUGUCGUGUGGUUUUGGAUCCUCGUGGGGCUGGCCUACUUUGCCGCUGUCCUGAGCAUGAUUGGGGACUGGCUCCGGGUCAUAUCUAAGAAGACAAAGGAAGAGGUGGGAGAGUUCAGGGCCCAUGCGGCCGAGUGGACAGCCAAUGUCACGGCCGAGUUCAAAGAAACACGGAGGAGGCUGAGCGUGGAGAUCUACGACAAGUUCCAGCGAGCCACUUCCAUUAAGAGGAAGCUGUCUGCAGAGCUGGCGGGGAACCACAACCAGGAGCUGACCCCGUGCAGGAGGACCCUGUCGGUGAACCACCUGACCAGCGAGAGGGAAGUCCUGCCUCCCUUGCUGAAGACUGAGAGCAUCUAUCUGAACGGCUUGACGCCGCACUGUGCAGGCGAAGAGAUCGCUGUGAUUGAGAACAUCAAGUAGCCCUUGGUUCAGAAGAGCCUUAGCCCUAGCCCUAGGUGAGGACUUCUCUGUGCGCUUUAUGACUGUUGCCGGUAGCAGUUUAAGCAUUGUGCAUGAGCUCCCAAGGGAAGCCAGUAGAUACACCCAUCACGGUCAUCUGCCACUGAGAGACUCGAACCCUGAAGCAGCACUCUUUCGGAGGGUGCUUCGGGAAAACUCCGCUCCCUUUGACCGGUGGAAAGACAAGCGAGGUCCGAUGCCUUUCUGUGCCCAGACUGUUUUCCUCCCCUUCCCCCUGAUGUGCCAUAAGGCCUCAGAGUGAAUUCGAACCGCCUUUGGUAAUGAUGUAGCUUGGAAAGACCAGUCUCUAACUUUUCAGGGUCCACCUAACUGAGCCUAGAUACGGACCAUUUCUGGAUGACAACAUUUCUUUUUGUAAAUGGCAAGAAAUUCUUAUGCAGCCUUUUACCUAAGAAAUUUUCUGUCAGUGCCUUAUCUUAUGAAGAAACAGAGCCUCUCUAGCUCGCGUGUGGUUUCUCCUUCCCGCCCUCCCCAGGCUGCCUCCGAGGUAGAGGCUGAACCUUACCCCUUGCUGGACACAGUGUGUCAGAGGACUGAGUUGGUGACCCCCGAAGAAGGAACAGUGAAGCAGCACUCAGAAACUAGUGAUACAGGCACUGCAGAGAAAGGAGGUGCAGAGGUGGCCCCUCGGAGUAUUUAUUUGACUCAGGUACCCGUGGUACGUGUGUACGGUGUAAUUAUUACCAAGCCGGUAGCCCUGGCUGCUCACAAACUGUCCCUUUUUCCUGGCAGUAUUUGGAAUCUGUCAUUGAUUAAUAACUAUACAUUUUUAAAGGCAAAGGAGAGUUUAUUAUAUAUCAGUUGGAAGAAAACUUAAACAUAGGUAUUACUAGAGGAGAUCAGAAACACUUGGAAUGAAUUCAUUGUCACGAAAUGAAAAUAGCAAAACUAUGUGUUAAAAACAUUAUACUGCCAGCUUCUUUUGCUUUUUAAUGUCUGAAAGACUAGGAUUUCGUUCUCCCGAGUGACUUUUGCCAAAUGAAAGGGAGGCCCUGCUCAGAGCGUGGAGGGACAGGCCCAGCCUUCCGGCUCCCUUGUCACUUUGCACUGUGACAAAUCAAGCUGAAGCUAGGAUCACUGUGAUUUUGCACAUGGAGAAAAUACAGAUUGCAGACUCAAUUCAUCUCUGGCAUUAGAGAAAAUGCUGUUCUAGCACAAGAUAAAUAUCAAGAGUCUUUUUUUAAGAUAGAACAGGCUGGUAAUCCUCUUUAGUUUAAUGUUAUAUCUUUAAUUCUUUAGAUGUCCCCACGAUUCAGAAAAAAAAAAAAUCCAGCAAAUGCUACCCUUUCCCUCUAUUUUCAUACUUAGGUCUGCUGGACAUUGAUAAUUUUUAAAUUGAGGCAGGAAAAUAACUUCCUUGAAUAUAAUUGCAAAACAGAGCUCUUUUACUCUCUCUUGAGAGUUGGGGUAGGAGCAUCCCAACAGGUGGCACACAGGUGAGGGUCUUAAGAAAAUAAACCCAGAACCUUCAAAAACAAACCAAUAGAUGCUUAUUUUCCCAAGUUUAAAUUUAAGGUAGAAAUGUACAUACUCAUUUAACUUGUGGAAGGUACUUUUAUAAAUCUAAAAACUUCUAACCAAAAGUUUAGAAAGUCAGGCUCUUUUAGAGAGGAAGCUACACUCAUCUCCUGGGUAUCUGUUCCGAAAGUUCAUAUGGUGGAACACACCAUGUAUAAACUGUGAAUUGCAUUGAUGAAUAAAGUUUGUAAUUAAAGUCA